AUGACAGGCAGGAGGUAUAUUCUGUGGUACUACGUGGGAGGGACAUGGAUUGUCGACGAUUCCUUCCUGGGCUGGAUGGACCUGAAGGUCGACCAUGUCACGAAUGGAAACUUGAGCGAGAUUUCCGAUCACGAUAACAACAUGUCGAACAAAUAA